AUGGCUAUCAACACUGACACCGACUUCCUAAAGUCUGACCUGGGUGAGGGUGGAGGAGGAGGAGGAGGCACUCAGCCUGCAGACUCCUUCGAGACAGAGAAACUCCUCGCGUUGACUACCGAGCCAGGAGGGAACGGGAUGAAGAUGUCCACCUCCUUCACCGUCAGCAUGGACCCCGACCGGAGUCAGGAGGCCGACCAGAACGGCCACAGCGCGGCGUUGAGGUCGGGUUCUGCCGGGCAGCUGUCCGCCUCUGCCCCGCUGUCUCCAUCUAAGGUCAGCCUGAGCCGCUCCUCCACCGGGAACGCCGGGGUGCAGGAGACCCCUAAACCCAAGGAUUACCUCAUCCUGGUCAUCAUGUCCUGCUUUUUCCCAGUGUGGCCCGUCAGCAUCGUGGCACUAGUCUACUCCAUCAUGGUGAGUUUCACUGGAGCCUACCGACAAAGUAGUAAGAGAGUAAGAGUAAAGAGACUGGCCAAGGUUCAACAUUUUGUCAAUGGUGUUACCGCACCACUAGAUGUUAAGUUAAUUCAAAUCUGAAGAAAAGAGGUUCUAGCUUUAAAUCUAUUAGUAUUUAAAACUUUAAUAACUCAAGAAAUGAAUUACCUUUGUAAAAAUAGCAUGGACAAUAAGGCAACAUGCCUCCAUAACAGUUGGAAAACCCAGUUGUGAUCCUCUCCGCCUCUCUGUCGUUCAGCUGCUUUACUCCCUUGCACCCUACAAAAUUCACAGCAUGUUCAAUUUAAUCAAUAAGCAAUGUGAAGGCAAUAUUCAGAAAGAAAGGUAUUCAUACUUGGUAUAUAUCAGUAUAUCAAAACCACAUACUACAAAUCUAAACAUUAUUUAACAUAUCAAUCAUAUUUUGAUCAAAACUAGUGAUUAACUAGUCACAAAUGUUCUAGGAGUGUAAUAUUUCAUCGCCUGUUUCUUGAAAAUGGUAUUAAGUUUGAUAAACAUCUCUGUCCACUGCUGCCAGACUUUUAGCCAUCAUAUAUUACAUUAUCUAAAGGCUACAAUAACACAAACAACAUAGAGAGAUAACUCUUUUGUCCAGGCAACUCCCACAAAACCACAAAUGCAGUCAAUCAGAUUUUCAGAGGAGUGUUGUGUUCAUGAAAUUUAUCCAAAUAUGGGAAUUAAAAAUCCAUCCAAAUAUUGUAAUUUUCUUGAACAGAAGAUUGUUUUGAAAGUGAAGCAGUCUGUACAAUAGUCACACAUAUCAGGGUUCACACACACACACACACCUGGGGUUCAGUGCAACAUCAGCUCUCACCCUGUUCUGAGGAUUUCACUGAUCUCAGGUCUGCUGCUGCCUCCCUUAUUCUUUUUUUCCCCUCUGCUUUAGAGGUGCUGACAUUUGAUUCAUGGCCUCACUGAAAGUUUGAGUUUGUACAUGCUGAUGCACAAAUCAACCCUGAAGUCACAUCUGGAUAUGAUGGAUGCUGGAUAUGCUGCUUCUGUUCAGAAACCUUUUAAUAGAUUUUUCUCAGGACAUGAUUUUUACUCUAUGAACAAUGUUGUUGACUCCCCACAUGGUCCAUAUUGCAUUUUAUCAGUGAAAAAUGUAUCUUGAGGGUGUGCUGGGGUUUGAUUAAAAAUGGUGGAGGAGUUUUGAGGCUCUGAAAGCUUUGAGCGUACGCCACACAGCAAACCUGUGUAAAAAUAUACAACCUGGUGUGUGUGGUAUAAGGAAAACUAUCAGAUUGGCCAAAUAUUUAGAUGCUGAAUGUCUCAUCAUGUUGCCUGUUAUGGAGCCCUGAUGAUAAAACUUAAAUUCACAUGCAUGACACUGGGAAACUGAGUUGUAAUUUUUCAUUGAGGGAAAACUCCAGAUGUUGUGCCGCAUUAAUGAGGCAUUCUUCACAGGCCCCCUCCAGACACCCUAUUCUUCCAGUUAAUGUAAUACAGCAGGACUUCUCUCAGCUCUUGCAGGACAGUAAUCCUGCACACUUUAAUUAGUAAUUGCCCCACUCUUCAGUGUAAAGAUCCUCAGCAGUCUUAACAUCACUACUGACAAAAGUCAUUGCAUUAGUCGACUGAAAUAAUGAAACUGUACAUCAGGGUAAAAUCCCCAGCUGAGUAAUACAAAAGGCUCAAGUCUUUUGAGACCCUGAAAUGUAUCUGUGUGUGGGCUAAUUUCUGCUUCAUCCCAGGUCAGAGGAAGUCUGUUGGGUUAAAUUCAUUUCAUCUACACUGAUUUUUUUAAGGAGAGUAUACUUCAUUUUAUUAUUUUAUUACAAGAUUCUAACAGUAGAAGUUGAAGAUAUGAAUUUAAAAGCUUUGUGGAACAACAUUGCAGAAUUCACUUUACUUGUCUUUUGUCGAGUCGCUGAUUGAAGUAAAGCAGGUAGUUUUUGCACAAUACUUCAGUUUGCAGCAGGUAAAAUCAGAAAAAAAUCACUUGAGGAGAUGGACACCUGUUACUACACUGAGUAAAACACGGACAUAGGAUAUAAAUUGAGCCCAACAGUUGCAGCCACUACAUCAGAAAUGGAGACUCAGCCUAGCUUCUUGACCAAUCUAGAAACAGGUAUGGAGGUGAAACUGAGACGAUUACCCAGCUGUCCAUCAAACAACUACAAUGUGCCCAUCUGUCUGUAAAUUCAACUGUGGCAUUAAUAAUGCAAAUUUCUGCAGAGAUCUUUGCCUCAAUAUCAUCAAAAUAGAUUUGUUGUUUAAAGAAACUCCAGGACCUGCAGCUUUGUGGACUCCAGCAUUUACCUCAUUUUUCAACACUGAAGGUACAGAUUGUGACCACCACAGCAUCCCUUUGAGCCAGGAUGAGAAGAUGCAUCCUGAGGCACGGUGGGGUUGACUGUGGACUGUAAGGGACAUAUAAAAAAUGACAGUGGGAAAACAGUUAAGAAAAUUUCUACAAAUGUUCAGAAGUGCACAUGUGAAAAAAGGGGCUUAGAUGUCCUUCCAAAUACGGAGCUUGGUAGGCACUCGAUGCCAGUAUUUAUUGGCACUGAAGCAGCCAGUUGCUCUGACAGUGGGAAAUUUUCAGUAUGAACAGUGAAGUAAAAAAAAAAUGGUAUUGCAGGUCACGAGUUUGUAACUGCUAUAGCCCCUCCAAGUGCAGAAUCUUCAAACAACCCCUUUUUUUUUGGCAGGAUAUAAAAAUCUCUAUAGGCAUUUAUAUAACAUGAAACUUAUAAAACUAUUAAAAAUCCAUCCAUCUGUAUAAGAGAAAAUGUUCAGUUUGUGUUCGGUCUGAUAUGUAAGUUUUCAACCGUGUCAUCAUGUGAUAAUAACACCAUAUUUCCUUUAAGUGGAGACCAUCAGAAGUCAAAAGUGGAUUAUUUAUAAAGCAGCAUUUAAACUGUAUGAUUUACCCACAGUCCCAGAAACUGUCUCACCCACCUAAACAGAAAAAAAUGCAUGCUAACAAAAAACUGUGUUAUUCAUAGUGAUACUAAAAUUAUUUUCUGCAUAUGGUCAGAAAAAGUAAUUUAUCAGGAUCUGUAGCUACCAAAACAAAACACUAUAUACCUCAUGAUGUGACCUGCAAACCUGCGUGUGUGUGUGUGAGAGCCAGCAGAGACAGCAAACUACAGUAACUGAGCAGCACUCAUAAAUAGAUUUUUGGACUGAGCUGAGCAUUAAGCAGCUGGCAGUAUCCUGCUGGAGCCUUUCAGCGGCAUCAGUAGUAACUGUAUUUUAUCAGGAUUUUAACUCUGAUGGUAGCUUGGUUGCUUUUGGCACAGCACUUUGUAUUUUUUUCAGCCCACUAUACUCUCAAACUGCACGAGAGCCAACUCUGAAAUCUACAGCGAAACAACACACAGGCAAUCCGGUGAGCCCAUUACUUCUGUAAUAACACUCCUGUGGGCGCUACACACCAAAGGGAAUAUCAGGCAGUAUCUACGAGACAGCCUGUACUUCCCUCAGCCAUCAUCAUGAACCCACUGACAUUCACAAGUCAGCCACUUGGUAAUGGCACAGAGAGAGAGAGGAAGAGUGUGCGUAUGUGCGCGUGUGUCUGUGUGUAGGGGGAGUGAGAGUCGGGCUUUGACAGAGGGCAGAAGAAAGAAAAGUGAAGGAGGGAGAAACUGGAGCCGGCCACUAACUCAAUAGAAGGCGAGAGAAGUCAAUUUGGUUUCUCUGCAGAGGGCAGAUUGCAGCAGUUAGCCAACCCCUCGGCAGCUAUCAACAUCCUCUCUCUCUCGUUCCUUGGUGUAUGUGGAAAGAGGAUAUGGGCCCUCGCAAAGAAGAUCAAAACACCAUCCCCUACAAGGGCAGAUGGGUGUGAGAGAGAAGGAAAAUGGCUAUAAAGUAGUUCCUAUCACUGAAUUAGAAAGGGAUUAAAUCAGUUACCACAGUGAUGUUAGAUAAGUGCAAGUGGGCCUGAGCAGGAAAAUAGAGGUUUACAAGACUCACGCUGUGAAACAGAUGAAGCAGAAGUAAUGUGGUUAAUACCACAAGAUGUAGUGCCUGAGUGGCGAUCACAGCUAAGUGCUAAUAUUCUCCCCGCCCAUGUGAAAUGGAUACUUCUGGAAAGCUCUAUAGAGGAAAGACACUGCUGAAGAGAUAUUGGUGUUAAUGAGAGAGAGUCAAGGGGAAAAAGCUCAGAAUGUACGAAAUAGUAAUUAUUAAAAAAGGAGUUAUUUUUUACUGUUUUCACACUAAGGAGUCCCAUUAACGGUGUUGUUUAUUUAACCUCCUGUUUGUUUUAUCAUUUACAGAGAAAAUGUAUUUACACUUCUGUUCAGAUGAUAUCUUGCUUUUCGUCUAAAUAGUAAUGCACCUGGUACCAUAAUCAAUUGACUUCUUUCUGUUUGGCCAAAGCUGCAAUGGGGAAAAGUAGAGCAAGAGCAUGUCCUGCAAUCCAGGCAAUGGCAGCAGAGCUGGGAGAGUAUCUUUAAGUUGCUAAUCACUGCAGAAUAGUUUGUGGUUGUAAUGAUAGAAACAAUGUUGAAUCAGGGUAAAGUCCUCACUCACCCUGUCAGGAACACUCAUCCACUAUACAUUACCCUGUAACAUAAUAUUGGUGUCUAUGAAAGUGACAUAUUUUGGAAUAUGCAAAUAAAUCAUGGUGGUGGUGAUAGUUUCAGGCAAGUUUAUGUGGCGUAAAAGACGAAGAUGUCACUAUUUUGAGUUUAUUAUUUAUACACAUCACAUGCCUGGUCAAUUGUGCACAUAAACUUAUUGCCACAGAAUAUAAAUCAAUACCAGCUCUGAAGACACUGAUACAGUUGUCUAUUAGACGUUAAUUUAACAAGUAUAUUGAACUUUAGACCAUAGCUCGUAUUAAGCUUUCUAAUGUAUGUAUUUCAUUUGUAUCUCAUUAUAAAAUAAUGAAAAUGUAUUGUUGAUUUUGACUUCUGGCAUUUGUUUUGAAUUUGCUGCAUCACAAAGAAAUGAUCAAUAACACAGAUAACUGGCUCAGGCUAAAUGAAACAAAAGGAAAGAUUUCAGUAAAGACCAAAAUGAAGUACUACUAGGUUCAAUCUGACUCAUUUAGCCUUGUGGAAGUGUCAGCAUCUUUCUCUUCUGACAGAUGGUGCAUUGUUAACAACAGAGCAGCCAAAAGUUACAUCCAUCAUCACCCACCACCACUUCAAGCAGCGGGGCGGCCUAAAAGCCGACUUCCAGCUGGCUGCCGCCACAGAUCUGUGAGAGAUGCUGUGGUGGGGAAGGCUUGUGGCUGGCAAACACGGAAGAUGUGCAGUCAAUUAUGUGGAUUGGAGAGGCAGGGCUUUUUACUGCCCGCACCAGCCUAUCCCAGUAAUGGGAAGGCCCAAACAGCAGGAGCGUUAUUGCACGCUCUGCAGAUUUGCCUGUGAAAUAUGGACUUGCAAUGCAGUAGUGAAAGGACAGCUGUGUGCGUGCAUGCAUGUGUUUGAGUGGGUGUGUGUCUGUGUGUGUAGGUGUUUGUGUAUGUCUGCGCUUGUGUGCGUGUUAGUGUACAAGAAUUACUUCUUAUUAGCAAUCUUAUACUGCAGGCUUUGAUGAAGAGUGGUCUGUACCUUUGCUUCCGUUAAUAUGAAAAACCUAUCAGAGAGAAAGAAGAGUCGGUUUUUAAUUAUAAUAGAAAAAAGAUUUAUUUAUAAUCAUGUUGAUUUGCAAAGUUAAAUCAACGGAUUAUAUUCUAAUUUGAUUCUAUAGAACAUGAAGACAAUCAUACUGCAGGUAGAGCAGAGCAACACCCAGCUUUAGGAGGCAUGGGGGAGGGGUGCCAUCAGUUAUACUAGGAGGGUUUUUUUUCUUCACAGGCAUGUCGAGCUUCCAGAGUAAGAAACCUCUCUAUGAAAACAGGCUGUGACUUUUACAUCGAGUGUUCUUUCUAUAACAUUUACUCAACGUUCACUUUGUUUGCCUGUCAUUUUCAUAACAGUAACUUGGUAGUAGUCAGUAGUCAGAAAAGAUGGUUCAUACAGACUCAAAUAAAGUUAAAUGGUAACUAUUUAAUCCCAAAAUGGCAUCUAUUGUUAUAACUCAUAAUGUUAUGCACAACAUUAUAAAUACCUUCAGAGUAUGCAACAUUCCCAUCAGCUUCAUUUAAGGCGAUAAAUAUAGAUGUCCAGUGUGUCAAUGAAAAUACAUAGUUAUACUUUACAACGCCAGUGCUCCAGCUGUGAUAAUGUGUGUCAGCUGUUAGCAUAGCUGCAGACUCUCAGUCUUAUUUCACUUUUACAGGUAAAUUUAACCAUUUUAAACAUUUUUCUCUGCAUUUGGUGUCCGACUGGUAACUGGAGCUUCUUAUCCUGCCAGUACUCUGUAUUUAUUUUAUUUAUUUAACCGGUGGAUGUGAAAUAGAGUUUUGAUCUUAUUCAGUCUGAACACACCUACUGCUAAAAGAAGCUUAUUUUAUGAAUCUCGAAAAGUGUGUGUUGUUCUGUAAACCAGAUAGUGAAAUUUGCCUUCCUUCCGUCAGCCAGUCUGACAAUGAUUCACCCAUUACUGAUGUGCUAAAUGGAAGAAGUAUCCACCAUUACGGCUCUGUGUGUUUUUCUGGAGCUUACACUCAGAUAGCUGUUUGCAGUUCCACGGCUAACCAAGACAUAAAUACAAUUAAAAUUUAUAAGCUGCAGCAGCAGGAGCGAGAAUGCAUUUUAUAUCUCCAAGAAUGAGAGCUUUGCAAUCAUGGGUCUGACAGAUUUGAUCAUCUGACCGCAUUGAGUGCUCUGCAAUUUUAAUGGAAAUUCUAAUGUAACAGAGUGUAACAAGGCUGAGUCUAAAAGCCCUGUUAGGGGCCCCUAGAGGCUGUGACACUCAUUACACCUGAGACCAAAAGUGGUUUAAACCAAAUAGCAAAGAGGCCGGCCAAAGUCUUUAUUCUCUUCCUAAUUAGGACUUUAAACCCAGUGGUCCUUACUGUUGUUUAGGGCUUAAAGUCGAUUCCCAAUGGAGGGGACUCUUAUAAGAAGUGAUAUGGAAUGAAAACACUGAGGAAAAAUUAAAUUUAAUUAACAUUUGAUAAGAAAUAAUGAAGUUACAAGCUAAUAGAAAUAUAAAUUUGUUUUAACUGUAUGGUUUCAUGGACAUAACACAGCAGCUCCUGGUUGCACACUGUCCCUCUCUACCAUGCUGCUGCUGCUGCUGCUGCUGCCGCUGGCCUCCAUUAUUAAUGACAAGGGAGAGGGGGAGCACUCACUGACUUACUAGCCUCCACCUCCCUGCUGAACGCAUGAACUGCAGAGAUGGAGAGCAGUGUGUGUGUGUGUGUGUGUGUGCUUGUGCGUUUGAUGUGCACACUGGCAACACAAUGAACACUGGACAAGACAGUUUGAGGGUUAGAAUUUCCCAUUCAGAAAACAAAUAUGACGAGACGAACUCUCGCUGUGAAUCAAUACAGACAUUCAUCAGCAAGGCCAAAGGGUGACUCCCUUUAAUCACAAACACACACACACACACACACACACACACACACACACACACACACACACACACACACACACACACACACACAUAUUAAACUUCUUGCAGCUCUUGGGGGAGUAAAAGCAGUGAGUUUAUCAAAUAGCGAUGUCAACAAAGAGGUCUGCCUUCCUCUCCUUCUUCCCUUUUGAAAGACUGAUAGGACACGACAUUUUUAAGCCUGUUCGGCAUUGUUAAUUUCUCUGAAUUAGCGGGCUAAAAGGCAGUGUUUUCUGAAAGGACUGCCCAUUGAUCUAAGAUGCUGAUGGUGCUUUUUCUCUGUGAUGUGUGUCCAGAUCAAUAGCAGGCUCCACUGGGACAGUGUUAGUACCACAGCUUCACAUUGCAGUCCUGGAAGUGAGAAGCUGAAGUCCACGUUAGAGAGACACAAAUUCCCUUAUUUGACUGUCUGGAGCACAGAUUGACUCAUGCACUGAUUUAGCUUUUGAGCCUUGUAUCCAAUGAGAUUUUAUUAACGUCAACAUUAAAACCUUAAUGAUGGUUUCAGUUUUUUGAAUUUCCUCACAACUCAAUUGUUUUGUUUUUGAUUUAAGCGCCUGUCAGGGAUUUUUUAUGUUAAUGAAAGAGAUUGUACUUCAUAUUGAUGUUUUUGUUUUUUGUUUUUUUUCACUUCUAAAGCAAAGAAGACCAUCAGUGAUACAAUUGACAUUUUUAUUUUGUUAUUUUUAAUACUUAAAACCAGUCUUAGGGGUAGGUGUCAGCUGAGUAGCUGAAGAUACAGCCCUGUUUUAAAUUGUUUGCAUAAAAUAGUCGCCAUAAUUAAUAUAUUUUGGACAGUUAAAAGUCAGCUGGAUCAGAAGAAACUUGAUAAAUUUGUAGAUGAGCAGAUAAGCAUAAAACACUUCGGAGGCGAAAAAUUCGACACAAAUUGAAAGUCACUCACAGUAGCUUUAAAGCUGCUGUUUGGUGUGAGCUGGUUUUAGUAAAUCUAGUUACUGAAUUAAAGAAGCAAACAAGACUUUGUUUUGGAAAGAUGAUUAUUACUGCAAAUGUAUUUUUAAACCAGAAACCAGUGCAGAGAGGUAAGUGCAGAACAUGUGAAAUACAGCAAGCUGCAGAAAAACAGGCUUGUUUAUAUUUCUCAUGACAAAGAUUCAAGAUGCAAAAUUAGUAUUUUGAUUGGGAGGGGGGGAGUUUUGUAGCUGACACUGAGACCAGACAAUUCAUAAACACGAUCCAAUACAAUAUGAUGUGAAACCAUCAAAAUUGUCUGUAAAGCAGUGAGUCUUAAAGAGAUUUAAACCCAGUGGUCUAUUGUUUUAGCUGUCAGAUAAAGUUGUCUUGUCAUAAUAAUAUAUAAAUUAUUAUCUCUACAGUUUAAGAAUAUAUUGUAAGGGUUUUGUGACACUUGUUUUUGUGUAAAAAAACAUGCUCUGUGCAUGUUCUGGGCAAAAUAAGCUGAGAGAAGAUACACUGUAUUGUCCACAGGGGGCGCUGAGAUCAGCACAAACCAAACCACAGAAGUUGUGACCCAGUACCCAAAGUAUAAAUAUUCCAAAUUUUCCAAAACAGGCGUAUUUAUAUAUUUUUGUCAUGAUUGUAAAAGACCUUAUCACUUUGAGAUGAAAGUUUUUAAAAAAUAAAAAACAAAAAUGAAGCAUUAUUGCAGAUUUAAAGGUAUUAAAGCAAAAGUCUUUCGCCUAAAGCAACUUGUUUGGAGGAAAAACCAAAGGUUUAUACUGUUCCCACCUGCCUACUCCAAGUGCACUGUGGGACCUACAGAAGAGACAGCCUGGAGACAGAGAGGCUCAUGGGAGAGUAAGGGGAUGAAGUCACUGUGGGAGAGCAGCAGGGGGGGGAGAGGGGGAGAGCUCUCUCUCACUUUCUCUCUUUCUCUCUUUCUUUCCUUCUCUCUCUUUCUCUCUGCAGUGUAAUCCUAUCUCAUUCUGAAACAACCCUGACUCUGCACCCUAUUGAUUGAGUGAGCCAGUCAAGAAGACGCACACAAUUUAUUGUCAAUUAAUAUGCGUUGCUUGAUUUUUUUUUCUUACUGUAAUCAAUUGUAAUUUAUUAUAAGGGAGGGCCCUCGAUUGGAUGUGAAAAAUGUUUGUUUUUUUAAUCAUGAUGAACUAGUAAAUGCAAAGCUAUUUGUCCAGCUGGCAUAUCUAAUUUUUAUUUUGCCCAUGUGACAUCCUAUCUAAGAACAUCCUGUCCCUGAGAUGUUUUUGCUCAUUGUCUCCCCACAUAGAGAUAUUAAUUAGAGUUAGAGUUAUAACAUGUAAAUUAUAAAACAGUCUUUUCUUAGUGUAGCUGAAAUGUUAUAAAAGGCAUUGAAUUUCAGGAUAUAUAAUAAUUACAUUAGAAACCGUGCCCUGCAAAGUGUAGCUGCGUAGUAUAAAAAGGAUGAGCCUAUUUCCAUGACGUGUAAUGAGACAUUCAGCACCAUGGACAGCUCCUUGGGUACCACAAAGCACAAUCAAAGGAUCAAAACACGUUAUUAUUAUUAUAUAAUUUUGCUCUGGAACUCUAAAGAGAAAUUUUUCGUAUAGAUUUUCACCCCUGAAGAUUUUAGCGUAUCAAAGCAUAGACCUAGCAUUAACUUAAAACACUGCACAGGCAUGGACCCAGGCAGGAUGCGGUGCUCUUCAGUGUGUUGUGCCCCCAGCCCAAGGAGCUCUAGAUUAAAAUCUAGUGAGAGGAGAGGCCACUGAAUCACCGUAUUCCUCUGUUUUGUCCAUGAAAGCAUUCUUGGGCAGUUCUGACCUUCAGGCGUGCUGCACUUUAUCUUAAAAAGUCCCUGAUAAAUCCUGGCGCUGCUGGUAAAGGGGCGAGGUUCGAUGUCCUUUAGAAGUCAAAAUAUUUUACCAAACUCAAGUAAACAACACCAUCACACUGUCCAGUCUGCAAUGUUUUUCACUCGGUGUGAUGAAUGUUUUGAGUCACAUAACCAGCAUGAGACAGCAGGAAGCGGGAUUCAUGUGGGCAGAUGGGCAGUGUUUUUCCAGCUCCCCACUUCUCAGUGUUCCUUAGCACAAUGAAACCUGUUAUUCCUGUUUUUAUGCUGCAGUAAAAUACAUCUGUGCUUGGUCUUUAGCUGUCAGGCUACACUAGUGUUAGGGUGUGACAGGUUAGUAUGCAUUCAUACUGUUAAAUUAUUGCUUUGUUGUUACACCAAUAUAGCACUAAAUGUCCAGCUGUGGUGCUCCGCAUGCUCCUCCUGGCCUUUUUUCAAAAUAUGACAAGCCUCCUAGUUAUUUAUUUUAGACAACCUCAAUGUUAGAAAGGCUUAAGAGCUUCCAAAGUGUUCGUUUUUAACAUAUCUAAAGCUCCUAUGAUUAGUUUUUUUAAAAUUAUUAUUAAUUUUGAGAUUGAUUGAAAUUAAUGUUAACGCCUUUUUAUGAUGUUUAAAGCAACAAGACUGACAAACUUUAUACCCUGAUAUUUAAUACCAGAAACCAGUGGGAGGGGGUAAGUGUCAGCCAUAGACUGUAUAUAGAAUGGACAGAGUCUGCCUCCUCACUGGGUGAAGCCACUCUGAGAACAGCACCCUCUGUUGACGGGCUGCAGUAUAGGUCAUAAAUCCCGCCUUAGGGGUGUGGACAAACUUUAGAAAUUUAUUACACAGAACAUAAAUUUUUCUCCCCCCUGCUUGUGAUGUUGACAUGUAGUCACUGUAAGACUGGUUUGUGCUCAAGUCCUCUUUUUCCUGUGCAGCUCCGUUUUUAAAAGUUAUUAGGGGGUUCAUGUUUUCUAUGAUUGACACCUGAUACAGCCUAUGGGCGUUCAGGGAUUGCGUAGCUCACCCAGGGGAUACGCUGUUUGAGCCGAGCGUCAUCACAGUGACUCUCGGCGUAACCGUCCGUAACCAAACAUCUGAUGUCAUCACAGUGUGCAACUGUAUUCCCUGCUGGGCUCUCGAACAUCAAGUAAAGGUUUGGUAAUAUUUCAACGUGUGCGAGCAAAGAAUGUGUUUUACGUCUUCUUCUGCGGAUAUAAACGAUUUCUGCUGACUUUGCAAAGUCAACUGCAGAAUUAACGGCGUUCUGAAUGAACGGCGCUUUGAAAAGUCCCGCAGCACGUGUUAGACGUCACCAUCUACACAUGGACCAGUCAGGGGUUGCCUUUUACUGUUGUCCGGGGAACAGUGGAAACACAGUCACUGAUUGGCCCGGUUAUUUUCUGAUUUCUAAUACACGCUCCCAAUUGGCCGAAGUCCAGACUGUUGUAGGGAGGGACGGCAAGUGAUUCACGCAACAGGAUGGCCCAGCCAGGCUAUAAAAUGACUAUUUUAACAUGGGCUUUUAGGGCUGAAAACUUCACUCAUUUGUUCCUUUGCGUUGCCUCGUUCUUUCAGCUCAAGUAAACUGUGUUUGAACUGUGUUUGUCAGUAGCAGUUUAAUGAGUGUACUUUGGUGUGUGUUUAAUGGUGUAACAAGUUGACAGUAAUCAAAUUAAACACACACCAAGGUUAAUGAGUUUUUUCCGGCAUCAGCGUUGAGAGAUUCUUUGAUUUAGGACUCACGUGUGUAAGCAAAGUACAUAGAUUGCAUGUUCUCAUCUGUCGUGCUCUGCACACCUAUGCAUAAAUCAUCCCGUCUUCAUAUCUGCAGCAUACACAAAGUCAUAUACAUACAACAUUAAAUUGAUCUACAACCCAGCUGCCUCCUCCAUCCAUUCUGUUAUGUGCGUCACAUCCUUCCAUCAAUCUGCAAUAAACCUUUCCUCCAUUCACCUGCGUUAAUAUUACAUAGAUAAAUAUUAUCUUGAGUUACAGAGGCCCCCCAGAGCAGCCAGUAGAUAGUCAACAUUACUGUACUGUAUGUGUGUCAUGGCUGCUUUAAAAUAACUCGGCUGUCGAUUAGCAGUAAAACCACCUAAUAAAUAUUUUAGUGUAACUCUCAGAGAGCUGCUGCAUGGAGUUGAGCUGCUGCACAUUUGAGGCAACUUUGCCAUGUUUUUUUUUUUUUUCAAGACCAGUUGAAACUAUUAAUCCCCUUACUUUUAUGUGUUUAUUUUUAUGUUACUAGUUGUGUCAUUAUGAUUGCUGUCGAUCCAAAUAAGAUCAUGUUUUCGGUACACUUUUCUUUGCAUUUUUUAACUUUUUUUCUGCCCUGAAAAUGUAUAUUUUUGUUGCUUAUAUUUAAAAAUUAAAUUCUGGCAGAGGAUUUUUACUGUAUGUAGGAAUAGGAAGUUUGAAACAGUAGAGAUGGUAAACUUCAGACAGGACGGUAAAACAGCUGAUUUAUCUCAUAUUGUGUUUUUCUAUAUCUAUUAUUGAGAUGGUUGAAUUUAGCCACAUUUAAAAUGAAGGUUGCAGUUAGUAGUAUGGGACUGAAGCUAUAAAUACAUGGGUGGUUGUGUGAAUAUAUCAAGUACUUUAAGGGCCGCUAAAUGUGUGAAACACUCAAGUGUGUGAUGGAUUUCCCUAAAAAGACAAAAGAAAACGAAAGGUGUUGCAGGACAUAUAUCUGUCUCAUAGUAAGGUACAGUAAUGGUUAUUGUUAUGGUAUUAUGUUGUAAUAUAUCUUAAUGUACCGUGAGGUAUCAUAAAGUGUUGUAUCCAGUACUUUUGUUAGAAAAAUAAGUGCCUGUGGUCUGUUUAUUUACUCAUUCGUGUUUGUAUUGUGUGACCGGCUUCAGUUAAUCAACAGUAGUAUUUUCCAAUGUCCCACUGUUAUUAUAAUAUACCAGGAGAUUAUACAGAUUUACACAACAUACAUGUGUCACACAGAGAACCUCUGCAUCACCAUGCUCUCUUUCAAUUCUCCAUGUACAGUAGCCAAAGAUGUGAAUGUUUAUGCAGUAUGCGAUCUGUAAUAUAUUUCAGGUAAAAUCAUGAGUUGUAUGUUCCUUUUUGUUAAUACCUCGCACUUUUGUGUGUUUCCAGUCCAGAAACAGUCUCCAGGUGGGGGACAUCGACGGGGCUCGGAGGCUUGGGCGACUGGCUCGCCUGCUCAGUAUCGUCUCCAUCGUGCUGGGCAUUGUCAUCAUCAUAGUCUACGUCUCAGUGUCAGGUAAGAAAACAAGGACGACAGAGAACAAAUGUCAAAAUAUAGUGAUAUAUGAUGUAUUAAACUAAAAGAAAUAAGUACAUCUGUUGUUUACUCACCACUUUUUCAAGAUACUAAAGCUUGUUUUUGUUUAUACUAUUUAUUGAAAAUGAGCUUUUAUGUUAAUGUUACGCAUAUUUAUAGAAAGCCUCUGCAGUUUUACGGCUUGAAAACGAUGCGCGGUGUGUUUGCAUGUGUCCAUACUCAAACACACAUGGGGCUCCUGCAUUACAGUUACAGGAUGAUAUAUGAUCCUACCUCACAGACAUGAGUUGUUGUUUUCUAUAUUCAAACUCAGCACAAUCCCUGGCGUGGUGUGUGUUUUGUGUGCGUGUGUGUGUGAGUAGAUUGAUUUAGUACUGCAGUGGCUGUCGUGGGCUGACUGUGCACAAGGGAAGCUACCCUACAGCUCAAUGUCUUUGACAUUUGCAGUCACAAUAGUGAACCUGACGGUGAGUUUAAGCUGUCUAUGCGUCAGACUGAUGUGUAAUCUCCUCUUCUUUUUUGUUUUGCAGUAACUGCGCAUAACUGA